AUGCCAGAAAGACUUGCCGCUUGGACACCAGAGACAGAUCGGAUCCUCCUUUUGGCUAUCAUCGCCACCACGGGGAGCCCAAGCCUACCCACGAUUGCCUCAUUUACUGGCUAUUCUCUAAACAGUCUCAGGUGGAGAUUCCAGACGCUUAAAAAAGAGGCAGCUUCUCUUCCAGAUAAGUCCCAAGAGACUAGUUCCCACGGCAAAUUCUCUCCUCCAACCUCCAAGAAGAGAGCAAAUCCUGAUUCUGAUAAAUCCCCACCUAUCAAAAAGAGGAAAACUUCUUCUACUAAAGGUGGAAAAAGAAAGAAUCCCAUCUUUCAUGACACCAGCGAUGAAGAACCUCCUACUCCAGUCUUUACUGAGAGUGAGGAGGAAGAGGAAGAACAGACUCCACUCCUCUAUGAUGAUUAUGAAGAGGAUGAAACUGAUACUUCCUUCAUCGAGCCCGUAACACCGACUAAACCACGGCCUCAAAGAAAGGCGAAACCAGCUCCCGGGUAUUACAAGCUCCUCGACGAAGGGAGCGAGCCAGAGUUUGAAGAAGGCGAGGUUGAUGAAUCACAAAGCGAAUAG